CGGCACCCUCCUGCCCGGGCCUGCGCAGUGCCCGCCGGGACGAAGUCCGAACUACAACUUCCAGCAUGCCGCGGGCGCUCCCGCAGGCCCUGGUCAGCGGCCGAGGUCGAGGUCGGGGAAGCCGUGCCGACCCUCGCCGCUCCGGGUAGCGCUCGCUCGGGAGGGUCGGGGUGGGGUCGGGAGCUGCCCCCGCCAUGCUUCGUGGACUGGCUCGGGCCGCGGUCCAGCGGCAGGGGGCCCUCCGGACGCGGGGGUCUGGGGGCGGGGCGGGGGUCCCGGUGCACGUGGUGGACCUGCGCAGCGACACGGUGACCAAGCCCGGGCCGGCCAUGAGGCGCGCCAUGGCCGAGGCGGUCGUGGGGGACGACGACUACGGCGAGGACCCCACCGUCCGCGAGCUGCAGGAAAAGGCAGCCACGCUGCUGGGGGUGGAUCGGACCUUGUUCGUGCCCACCAACACCAUGGCCAACCUUAUCUCUGUGAUGUGUCACUGCCAGCGCAGGGGCUCCCAGCUCCUCCUCGGGCAGGAGAGCCACCUCCACGUCUAUGAGCAGGGCGGGGUGGCUCAGAUUGCUGGGGUGCACUCCCACCCCCUCCCAGACCUGCCCCAUGGGACCCUAGACCUGGCUGAGCUGGAGAGGAUGGUCACACGGGGCCUCGGGAGCCCCUACCACCCGGUCUGUGAGCUCAUCUGCCUGGAAAACACCCACAGCAGCUCGGGGGGCCGGGUUCUCCCCAUCGACUACCUACGCCAGGGCCUGGGCGCACCGGUGGGAGCCCUGGUUGGGGGGCCCACGGACUUCAUCGAAGGAGCCUGGCGCCUCCGGAAAGCCCUGGGCGGGGGGAUGCGCCAGGCAGGGGUGCUGGCCGCAGCUGCCCUGGUAGGGCUGGCAGACGUGGAGGAGGUGCUGCUGAGGGACCACCAGAACGCUCGGAGAUUUGCCCAAGGGCUCCAGGAGCUGGCGUCCCCUAUCUGCUCCGUGGAUCUCGCCGCCGUGGAGACGAACAUGGUGAUGGUGACAGUGGACGGGCUGCCGCCCCAGGAGCUCUGCCGGCGUCUGCAGGCCGUGAGCGCUGACGAGGUGGCGCAGACCGGCCGCGCGGUGCGCGUGCUGCUGUUCCCCUGGACCGGGCGGUCAGUGCGCGCCGUGUGGCACCGCGACGUCUCCGCACGGGACACCGAGCUGGCGCUGAGGAAGUGGGGGUUCGUGCUGAAGCAGCUGGGGGCCCUGAGGACGGGGUGACCGGCCCCUGGGCCCCAGCCGGGCUCCAGGCGGGGAGUGGAGGUGUCCCGAGGGAGCAGGAGGCAGGAGAGGCAGUAAAAGGACACCCCGUGUCCCCCUUGUCCCCUUGGACCCCUGGACUUCCCACGCCCGGGGCGAAACCUUCCUCUGGCACUCAUUCAGCAAGCCCGGAGCGCCUCCCGUGUCGGGAACGGGGACAGGGACGGGGUGCCACAAAUGCCGACAGGAGGGACCCCAU